AUGAAGACCUCCAUCUCGUCCGAUGUAUGGGAGAAGAAGAAGGCGGUGAUCUCCAAACUGUAUAUGGAAGAAGAAUGGCCCUUGAAGCAGGUCAUUAAGCAGAUCCGUACCGAUGAUUUCAAUCCUAGUGAAACCCAACUCCGAAGCAGAUUGAAGAAAUGGCGAGUGACCAAGCCAUCCCGUCAGACUCGAAAGAAGAGUCUGGCUGAAGCUUCGGGAGAAGAGCCAGAUUCCGACAAGGAUGUGAAGCGCAAAGCAUCGACCAUCCAAAGACCACUACCAUCAUUACCAGCAAGAGAGGCGCCAACAGUCCGCCAUGAAUGGCCCAUGACCCAAUCCAUCUAUGGACAAUCGUCCACCCUCCAACAUUCCGUCCCAGACCAGGAUCGGAAAUGGAGUUCUCCUAUGGUCCAACAACUCACCCCAAGCCCUUCCGGCGAGCACGUCCUCGUCCCAGACCGGACAACCGUCUCCUACCCAGAUCUCAGUCCAACAACAACAUCCUUCGACCACGUCCACACCUCCCCAGUCGGUGAGGGUCUUAUGCUGAACACAACCUCAGCCCUGACCCCAUCCUACCCAGCCUACCCACUUUCCCCAGAGUCGUGCCUCCCAAGCCCAGGCACAACAACGACCCCCGGUGGCAUUGGCUGGCCACCCCGAGCCGUUUCAGUAGACUACGGGCUUAACCCAUCUCAGUGGUACUCGCUGCCCUUUGAAGCCAUCACUCCCCCAUCAUCCGUCCCCCAGUCAACAACUGGUCCCAUGGCACCUUCAAUGGACCGCUACAUCCCCCAGCCUCAGUUUUACCUUCCCCAGUACCAUCACUACCACAGCGAGGCACCAGAGUAUCCGCAUGACUAUGAUGCCAAGAACUGGAAGCGGGCAAUGUCGUUACAAUAUGAUAUGGCCGGUCAUCUAGCUGCCCGACCCGAUCACGAUAAUAAGCAUCUGACUCCACAUACACAGCCUCAUGGCCAGACGCAUAUUAUGGCGUCACCGUCUCAUAAUCAGUCUGGUGGGCCUCAUUCCGUGAUGUGUGCUCCGAUCAUGCCUUAUAUGGGCCAUGAUCAUCAUAUGCAGAAGCCUCCAGGAAUUGGAUACUAG